AUGGCUGAUUAUCGGCGGUUCCUGGACCUGAACCUGGGUCACGCGGGCAUUUUGACGUACAUUCCCUCCGAUGACCCGGAAAAUGGUCCUGGCAUAUUGCAUACUACCAGACUUACAUCGAAAGCUCCGGAUUUCAAGAUGACUGGCUCCUCAGCAGAGCUGUACCCGCCAUCGAAGGACACGGUAACGAGAUCUCAAUGUAAAUCAUGGACUGAGCGGAGAGAGCAGGAAAGAUGGCUCUCAACUUACCAACCAGAGCUUUUCGUCGGUGGAGGUGACGCCAUCCUGAAAUUUCUCAAGCAAGAUAGUGAUCAACCGGAGGAGACUAAAGUUACUGGUAACGAUGGUUCCCUGCUCGCUCUGGGAGAAAUGACAGAUUUCAGGGUUCCCUCAGAAACGAAAGGGACCCCGUUGCUUGCAGUUGCUACAGGGAAAACCGGGGAGCUUCUACGGCUGGCGCGUAUCGACGAAUCAAAAUGGCAAUGGGGAGAUGACCAUGAUGCCUUUGUUCACCUCUCAGUCACUGAUCCUGCACUCAAAGAAGAAGAGGCGAUCUGGGCUGGGGACGGCUUACCGAUCCUGAAUGUCAAAUCUGCGACAACUCAUUGGAAAACGGGCAGUAUUCGAUGGCUGCUUGUUCAAACUCAAAAUUCCGUGACAAUCCUACAGCCCGAAUAUCAUCCGGUUCCAAUACCAGACAGUGCAAACCCCGGGAUGCCUCCCUUUCGGGCGCCAUCGUUUAUUGCCCCAACGCCGUUGAUCACUCUUUCUCACCAGGAAACUGGUGGCUACGAGCUUUCCAGUGUCUGUUUCAAUCCACCUUCGGCUGCGUCGCCCCCACAGAUAGCCGUCAUUGAUCAACGUGGCUAUUGGAGCAUUUGGGAAGUCCUGGGCACAUGGCAGGUCGGCAAGAAAACGGUUCGACUUUCAUUAUUCAAGUGCGGCAACAUAAUCGACGGCUUUAUGCCUUCCCUUCCUCAGCAAUCAAGAUAUACGCUGCAAAGGCAUGGCAUACUGCCGUUUGGGGCCAGUGACAGUCCUGAUGAACCCACUGUCUCUGUCAAUCGUGACGAGGCUAUCAGGCGCAGCGCCAAGCCAUCGCGACACAUGCUAUUGUGGAAUUCUUUACGCAUUGACAUUAUCGACCUCGAGAAAAGCUCCCGUCUUCCCAAAGUCGAUAUUUUGAAAAGUUCGCGAACUAAGCCCGAUUUUAUUUUGGAUAUCCAAUCGAGCCCGGCUAACCGUAAUCACGUUUUCGUUUUAACUGCGCGGCAGGUUAUCUGGCUAGACUUAUUACCUGAACUCACGGAUCCGAAACAAGCCCGAAAACCCCGCAUUCUGCUUACCUGCUCUCAUGCUGGCCUUGGGAACGCGGAUUCCAAGAUGUCUCUCUGUCAAACAUCCGGUAAUGAUCCUUUUGAGACCUUGGUGUUGAUUUACGGUGCCUCGUUGAAUCAGGUCGCGGUUUAUCGGUUCAGUCUCUGCCGCGAAACGUUGCUUCCUCAAUGGCACCGACACAUCACUUGCCUGUGUAGAGACAAUGACAAACUGUCGUCCAAAAGGCCGCAGUUUAUCAGUAUACUGCCUUCAUGGGUCGAGUCGUCUCUUGUGCCUCAGGAACCAGGGCCAGGUGCAAAGUACGCACGGGAAAAGGUAGAGUUCUAUCAAGUGACCAUUGUCGAGGAAGAUUUAAGUGUGCAGUACUGUAUAUGCGCAAGCUCAACAGACCCCAACUUGAACGUAGCUCUUCCUACCUUCAGGAUUGGCUCGACACGAUUGGAACAGCGCCAAUAUUGGAGAAAGAGGCGUAGGCGGUAUUUGCGAAGACUUCAAAAUGCAUUCGUCAUCCCUGAUGGUAUGACGGACAGAGAGCUCGAAUCUUUAGUCCAGCCGCCAAUGGCUGAGCGAGAUUACGAAGUCGGCAGACUCGGUGGUGGUGAAGAUGAACACUGUGAUGAAGGCGACGAAGACAGUUGUCGACCUGUUACUACGUCGAAGCUUGAAUUGAUUUCUCAAACCAUUGCAUCCGAACUGCUAAGUGCAGUCGAUCACGGACAGUGCGUUCUACCCAGCGAGCUGAUUGGUUUGGUGCAAGGCACCAUCGAUCGUGGACUCGCGAAGGGUUCGCAACCUCUUAUAUCCUGGAUGCAACUCUUCCCAGAAGUCUCGCAGGUGGUGCCGUGCAAUGACACUGGCGAAGGAAGCGAGGCGAAUAUAGAGAAGCUACUAGAAAACGCUGUGGAUCCUGUCAUAAUCACACAACUCAGGCGACGACCCGUCAAUGAGCCGCCGACCUCGCUUUUGGAAUAUCCGACCCUGCUGCGACAGUUUUCCGAACUGUGGCUGGACCCAGUGGCAAGUCUGCUUUCAGAAGAGAUGCAGCAGGUUCGAAAAACAUGGGUUUGCGAGACUGCCAGAGAUUAUUUCUUGUCAAGUUACGGUGUAUUGGUUCAAAGUGUUCCUUUGUUCGGCCAAUUUGGGGCUGAGGCUGCGGAAGAAGCUGACGGUUUUCCAGCCUCUACUCGGCGAUGCGCUUGGUCAGCGCAGACGACGCCCAGAAUUGCCUCGUCAUCCCCGCUCCAGUCUCGGUCGGCCUCGCCAGGGGAUGAUUCUGUUGGUGCUGCAUUCCGCCGUCUGCAGCUUCUUGCGCCAACCUUGAAACCGGGGCCACUGGGGUCACUCAGACAGGCCAAGGUUCUUUCCUACUGGCCCACAGAGCGAGGUGUUGACACAGAUGAUUACGUCUCUAGCGUUGCUUUAGCUACUGAGGAGAAGUUCUCACAUGCAAAGGAACGUUUGCGGCGAAUCGAAGCAAAGAGAAAAGCCCAGGCCGAAAAGUACGCGCUACCGUCGCUCGUGCGGCAAGGGUUCCCUCCCAGUGAUGAUGUGGGCGAAGGCGAGUCCGUGUUUGAGCGGCGACAGCGGCCGACACAAAUCUUGUCUAGCCAGCAAGGCAUAGCACAAGGCUCAUCGCAGAGUCAAGGAUUCGCAGGCCCAUCGAUGACGAUGAGUCAGCCCGUGUCGGGCGCGUUUGGGGACAGGAAGAAGGUCAAGAAGGGCAGGAGAAAGAGCGGGUUUAGAUAG